CAUCAAUUUGUAUCGAUUCUGUAUAAACUCUGCUAAUUCGUCUACACCUCCCGAUAUUUGCAAAUUUGUUUUUAAAGCGUUUAAUAAAAAGAAAUAAAAAAUGACCGAACUUUUAAUUGAUCCUAAUAUAAGAGUUUGGGUGUUUUUACCUAUUGUGUUGAUCGCUUUUUUCAUAGGCAUUUUAAGGCAUUAUGUUUCGACUUUGAUAUCUUCCCAGAAAAAAGCCGAAAUGCUGCAAGUCCAAGACAGUCAAGUUAUGAUACGAUCCCGAUUAUUACGUGAGAAUGGUUGGUAUUUGACGGCUCACUCGUUUGCAAUGCGCAAAAAUUUCUUCAAUAAUGAGGAAAAUGGCUAUUUUAAGACUCAGAGAAGACCGCCAGUAUCACAAAAUUCCACGGCAGUUCUAACGGACAUGGUUAAAGGCAAUUUCAUUAAUGUUUUACCUAUGGUUAUAAUAGGCGGUUGGAUAAAUUGGAUGUUUAGUGGUUUUGUAACCACAAAAGUGCCUUUUCCAUUGACGUUACGCUUUAAACCUAUGUUACAACGGGGUGUUGAAUUAGCGGCUUUAGAUGCUGCUUGGGUUUCUUCAGCUUCUUGGUAUUUUCUGAAUGUGUUUGGCUUACGGUCCAUAUACACCGUAGUUUUGGGUGAAAAUAAUCAGGCUGACCAAACGCAGGCCCAAGCGGAUGCAAUGACAAUGUCUGCAAUGUCAAUGUCUCAAGACCCCAAAGCUUCUUUCAAAGCCGAGUGGGAGGCGCUAGAAAUAACGGAAUACCGCAACGCUUUGCACAACGUUGAAAAUGAUUUACUGCAUUUGGCGAACGAGAACUACAAUUUAGUUGCUGAAGAUAAUUAGAAAAUUUAUUUAAUAUGUCAGUCAAGAUUUAAAACGCAAAGAAGUUAACCGUUUAUUUGUUGCAAUAAAAUUUGGAAAGUUUUUUUACAAA